CUACUAUCUAAUAGAAAAGGUUCAGGCCUAUUUGGAGACUCUGCGGGAAGAGAGAGAAAAGCUGCUGGGAUUUAAAGUGAUUGGAGAGGGAAAAACCUGGGAAUAUCUGGACUUCAGAAGCACCGUGAGCGGGUGUGAGGCGGGGAAGUUCCAGCAGCCCAUGGAGAUUUCUCUGGAGCUACAGAAGAGACUCAGUGAUUUCUCCCAAGAAAAUAUUGUUUUAAUGGAGACUUUGAGGAAAUUCAAAGACACUCUGCUAUCUGAACCAGAGACAGGAGCACACAGACAGGUGACGGUGACUCUGGAUCCAGACACGGCUCAUCCCCAGCUCGCCCUGUCUGAGGAUCGGAGACAUGUGAGAUGGGGACACGCCCGGCAGGAUCUGCCCGACAACCCUGAGCGAUUUGACACUGAGCUCUGUGUGCUGGGCUGUGAGGGAUUCACCCUGGGG